AUGAGGGAUAAAAGCAGGUACUGCCUCUUCCAUAAAGAUCACGGUCAUACGAUCAUUGAAUGCCAUAACCUGAACAAUCAGAUCCAAGCCCUCAUGAGAAGUGGGAGGCUUAUCCAAUACCCUAAGGAGGCAGGCAGACACGGCACCUCGCGGCACAAUCCUGCUUCUGCCCCAACACCACAAGCGUCAGAUCUCGUGCACACAGCCUCUGCUAGCCCUCAAGAACCUCUUAAGCAAGUCCCUAUGAUACAUGGGAUCGUGGAACUCACUGAGAACCAAGAGCGUGUCACCAAAAUCCAUAAGAGGAUGGAGGAAUGGGUGAAGCGAUACAAAUCAUUAGGCCACACGGUCAAUCUUGUCACUUCAGAAGACAGAAGUUAUCCAGCCUCUGCAAUUGCCUUUACCGAUGAUGACCUGAAAGGAGUGCACCUACCCCAUGACAACCCACUCGUCAUUUCACUACAAGUCGACCAUUGCCAGUUGGGAAGAGUUCUAGUCGACGAGGGCAGUGGGGUCGAUAUCCUCUUCUGGGAAGCCUUCCAGAAAAUGGGGCUAGAGGAAAAUCAGAUCCGGCCCUCCACCACACACAUUUUGGGAUUCAACAGUCAGAGAGUAUAUCCGAAAGGCGUCAUACGAUUGCCUGUGGUGGCCGCGGAGCGCACCCUGCCAGUAGAUUUCUUCAUGAUAGAUUCCACCACAAGCUACAAUGCCAUCAUGGGAAGAAAUUGGAUCCACAGGAUGCAGGGGGUAGUCUCAACUUUGCAUCAGAUGAUGCGAUGUCUAUCACCCAAUUGCCGCUACACCGUCAACAUCAAGGGAUGCCAGAAGUAG